CAGCUUUGUGGUGGUGAUCAACGCAAUUGUCUCUCUCGAACCAAACCCUUCACAAUCAUCGACUGGCCCUGGCAAUCCACGGAGAAUAGAUAUAGCAAUAUAGCUAUCUGAAGACAGCCCUCUAGAUCUGUACUGGAGCAGACCAAGCAAGUGGACUAUGAAUUCUAUGAAUGGCAGUAGCAGUGGUGCUUCUAUUAAUAGUGGUUCUGGUACGAGCCUACAGUUGGCAGCAGUUGCUCUACUGUUGCAGCAGCAGCAGCAGCAGCAGCAGCAGGGCCACCAGGCUCAAGCCCAGGCCCAGCAAGCACAGGCUCAGGCUCGGGUGGUCCAGCAAUCCGCCAAUGAGGAGCAGUUGCAGCAAAUCCUUCAGACCAUUCGUACGGGUGCCCUGGAAGGACUCGUUGAUCAAAUCCGUCAAUUCAAGCAGCAGCAGCAGCAGCAGCAGCAGCAAGAAGAGCAGGCACGAAAUGCAUUGAUCCAGCAGGCUAUCCUGCAGCUCUUGUCCAGCAAUAACGGUACCAGUACCACUGCCGCACCUGUUCGACAGGUACAGGUACCGGUACCGGAACAUCAAGACCAGCCUGGAACGAAUAUGGAAACCCUUUUGCAUACAUCAUUCAUUCCAGGACCUGCCCCAAUCCCUGCACUGCCAAGUGUAUCACCACCCUCUGUUACCCAGCCUCCUGUUUUUUCCACAGUGUCAGCGCCAGCCCCAGCUCCACUUCAAGGUCAAGGUCCUCGUUUUGCUCUAGUUCCAGCUCCUGCACAGGCUCCCGUUACAGUUCAAGGCCAGGUUCCUUCUCCGGCCCAAGAUCCAGCCCCUCAAGUGUUUCCAGGACGACAGGAUGCAAACCAAGUGGCAGCCAUCGCCAGCAGCAGCACCACCACCACCAAUCAAGGCAACACUUCCAAGGGUCGCCAUGUCGAGUUCCCACGCAGAUUCUAUGACAUGCUCAUGGACCUAGAAGAAAGAGGAAAAGAGCAUAUUGCCUGUUUCGCUCCAGAUGGCAAGGCAUUCAAAGUUCAUGAUAGGGAUCACCUUGAGGAUGUUCUGCCAAGGUACUUUAAGACUAUGCACACCCAUUCCAGCUUGCAGAGACAGCUCAACCUGUAUGACUUUGUCCGCACCAUCAAUGGACCACAAAAGGGUCACUACAGCCAUGAGCUCUUUGUCAAGGGACACCCUGACUUGUGUGAUAAUAUGAAAAGAACCAAGAAAAAAGGAAAGGCUGCUCACACGCGACGCAAAAGGGUCCAAGAGUGAGUCCAUCUAGCUAGUCUAAGCAAGCGAACCAGUGCUCUUCGGGUUGAACGUUGUCGGCAACCCAUACGUAUUCAUGUGCAGAUUCAAUUUGGAAGCAGCAAUGAUUAUUUAUAUCAUAUCAUCAUGUGGAAAGAUUCACACCAUACACACCAGGUCCUAUAUAAGAAAAUACAGUUUU